AUGUUUCUACCUGAGGAGCAGAGUGCUCGUCUCAUCCAAUCCCAGACAGUUCUGCGUCUGUCAGACGGCCUGCAGGGCUUACUGCCCCAGCUGCAGAGCAGUAACACAGGCCGCUUUUCUUUCUUCGGAGACGAUGGCCUGGGUUUGGAUCACUCUGAUGACUCUAGCCCGCUCAGCACGGCCCAGGAGCCGCAGCGGGACGCGGACGGAGGUCUGGCCGGCCUGAAGGCGCUGUUCUCGGACCCGCCGCUGGAGACCGAGAGCUGGGGAGGAUUUGUCCCGGUGCCGGUCUGGAGGUUUCUGAAAGGAUUACUGGGUUGGUGUUGGCAGAAAAACAAAGUAACCUCUCUGACUGACUGCAGGUACGUAGGGGGCGUGGUCAGCUACUAUUACCGCAGCGACGAUGAUGUCAUCAGAGAUUCAGAGCUGCAGAGCUGGAUCAAUGAGGUCAUCGUGUUUGGGCGCCUCGGAGACGAGAACAAAGGUUUCCCAAAAUCCUUCACUUCAGCGACGGACCUGACAUACUUUGUUACCAUGGUGAUCUUCAACGCGUCGGCACAGCACGCGGCCGUUAAUGACGCUCAGCUGGACUAUUUCGGCUGGAUGCCCAACGCCCCGGUGGGUCUGCUGCGCCCUCCUCCGGCCUGCAGGGGGCGCUGCAGCGAGCGGAGCCUGCUGGACAGCUUUCCUGACGUGGACGCCACCGUGCACGGCCUCGCCACCGUUUACCUGCUCAGCAAGAAACCUGCAGACUUCGUUCCUCUGGGCGGCUCGAAGCAGCAGCUCUUCACCGAGAGCGUUCCCAUGGAGAUGGCGGCCUGUUUCCGUAGCGACCUGAAACGUCUCAGCUGUGACAUCGCGGCGAGGAACGUCGGCCUGAAGCUGCCAUAUGUCUACCUGGACCCCGCCGCCGUGGAGGACAGCGUGACGCGCUGAUGCUACGGCUAGCACUGUCUGCAUUACCUGAAUAUGUUAGCUUAGCAUGACCUUAAUGAGUUAGCUUAGCAGUACAUGAAUUAGUUAGCGUCACCCGAGUGUGUUAGCGUAGCAUCACCUGAAUGAGUUAGCUUAAGAUGAUGUGAAUGAAUUAGCUUAGCAUCACCUAAAUGAGUUAGCUUAGGAUGAUGUGAUUGAAUUAGCUUAGCAUUACCUAAAUGAGUAAGCUUAGGAUGAUGUGAAUGAAUUAGCUUAGCAUCACCUAAAU